ACCCCCAGAUCCAUCACCUAACAACCCCCACGCAGGUGGCAUUGUGGUCACCAUGUCUGCCAGAAACAACAGCUCAGAUGUGACCGAGUUCAUCCUGGUAGGAUUUCCAGGCUCCCUGGGGCUCCACAUCGGCCUUCUAUGGCUCUUCCUGCUGGCUUACAUGCUGACCGUGACAGAGAACUUGGUCAUCAUCACAGUAAUCUAUGCCAGCCCCUCGCUGCACAAACCUAUGUACCUCUUCCUCAGCAACCUGUCCUUCCUAGAGGUUUGGUACAUCUCCGUCACCGUCCCCAAAAUGCUGCUCAGUCUGCUCUCACCCAGGUUCCAGCGCAUCUCCUUCACAGGCUGCAUGGCACAACUGUACUUCUUCUUGGCACUGGCCUGCACCGAGUGCUCGCUCUUGGGGGUCAUGGCCUAUGACCGCUAUGUGGCCGUCUGCAACCCCCUUCGCUACCCAGCCAUCAUGAGCCCUGGUCUCUGCAGCCUCCUGGCUGGUGGUUCCUGGUUCUCUGGCUUCACCAUCUCCCUAGGGAAGGUCUUCUUCAUUUCCCGCCUGGGUUACUGCGGCCCCAACAUCAUGAACCACUUCUUCUGCGAUGUGUCCCCGCUACUGAACCUCGCCUGCUCUGACAUGUCCGUGGCAGAGCUCGUCGACUUCCUCCUGGCACUGCUCAUCCUGUUGGGGCCCCUGGUGUUAACUGUCUUCUCCUACACAGCCAUCCUCAGCACCGUGUUGCGCAUGCCCUCCGCCGGGGGCAGGCAGAAGGCCUUCUCCACCUGCGCCUCGCACCUGGCCGUGGUGGUCAUCUUCUACUCGGCCUCCCUCUUCAUCUACGCCCGGCCACGGGCCAUUUACUCCUUUGACUACAACAAGCUUGUGUCAGUUGUCUACACAGUGCUCACACCCCUCAUCAACCCGAUCAUCUACUGCCUGCGGAACCAGGAGGUCAAGCAGGCAUUGCGCAAGCUGCUGCAGAGACUAGCCCAGGCUCUGGGAGCCUCCUCCUAG